AUGUCCAAAAAAGGGGGUUUUGGUGGGGUGUGUGGCCAUGCCCAUGACCCCUGCCGUUUGGCAAUAAGGGCUAAGCCUGCCCAAGCAGAGUUUGGGAAGCUGGGACUUUGUACCUUCGGUAAAGAGGCUAAGAUUGGGAUAGAAGGGCUAGGGCUUGGUCUUUUAGAAGGGGCUUCCUCUUCAUUCGGCAAGGCUGAGCUGCUAGGGCUUAGAGUUAGAAAGGGGUAUAGGCAUUCGGCAAGGGGGAUCAAUGAUUCCGUCAAGAUCUGGUCUGUGAGAGCUCUUGGGUGUUCGAGGCCUUUUCAUUUUUCGGCAGAACAGCCAAUCGGUGAGGCUAAGCUGAGCUGUCGUGAAGUAGCAUCCAUUUUUAGUCCCCCAUUUUCCUUCCACACAGCCCUUGCCAUUCGGCAAGGGUGUGUUUUGUUCUUGAGCUGGCCCUUGAGAGUUGAUUCUUGGAAGGAAGAGAUCGGAGCUGGUACCGUUCGGCAAGGAGGAGCUUGGGGGGAGGCUGGUUUCAUCUUGUUCAUCCUUCCGCUGGUGAGCUCAGAGUUCGGCAAGAGGGUGGUGCCGGGCCGUGGCUUCGGAUAG